CGCCCACCGGCGCCUCGCACCCCCCGGUGCGCGCCUCCGGCUGGCGCCGGCGCACUCGGCCCCCGCGCGCAUCCCGGAAGGGCUCCCGGCUCCCACAGCCCCUUGCGCGCUCUUUUCCGGCCUGUGCCCGGGCAGGCGUUGCUCAGAUGGCUCCUGCAAAGAAAGGUGGCGAGAAGAAGAAGGGACGCUCUGCCAUCAAUGAGGUGGUGACUAGGGAAUAUACCAUCAACAUCCACAAGCGGAUCCAUGGCGUGGGCUUCAAGAAACGAGCACCACGUGCUCUCAAAGAGAUCCGUAAAUUUGCGAUGAAGGAAAUGGGUACUCCUGAUGUUCGUAUUGACACCAGAUUGAACAAAGCAGUCUGGGCUAAAGGAAUAAGGAAUGUUCCUUACCGUAUCCGUGUGCGUUUGUCCAGAAAGCGCAAUGAGGAUGAAGAUUCACCAAACAAGCUGUACACGCUGGUUACCUAUGUACCAGUCACAACAUUCAAAGGUCUACAGACAGUCAAUGUGGAUGAAAAUUAAGCAGAUUUUAAUUACAAUAAAAGGAUAAAAAGAAAGUUUA